AUGGGCCCGCCGCCUUACUCUCGCUCCUCUCCCUAUGGCGGCUCCCGCGAACCCUCGCUGCCUUCGCUCCGCUCGCGCCUGUUCGCCUCGUCCCCGUCGAAUGCGACACACGGUCCAUCGCAGCCGCAGACAGCCUACGACCCGCUGGGCCGACGAGACCACGACGUCUCUCCGCGAAUCCCGCCGGCGCCCGUUAGCUACCCAUCGCGCUUCCACCCGCGCGAAGGCCCGCCGCACGCGAGCUCGACACCAGGCUCGACGCCGUCGCCAUAUCUCACUGCACAUCCUCCACCCUCCGAACCUUUCUCAGCAUAUCGGCAAGCCCCUCCUCCUCCGCCGCCCCCGGGCCCCAACCCAAGCUAUGGCCACAGCGCCUUGCACGACCACAAUGCCCCAUUUCAGGAAGGUCAUUCUGACCAUCAACCUUCCCAUUCCGCUUCAUCCUACAGUGCUCGCCAAAUGCCUCCUCCUUCGCCUCCACAGCUCUUCCAGGGCCGGGUGGCCUCAAUUCAGCCGCCGCAUCCCCCAACUACCCUGCCUCCGCCCUCCUCGUCGUUUGCGCCUCGCGAUCCCCCCUCCCAAACGCCGCCGUCGCAUCGCACUGGAAGUAGCGUGCCCAUCGCGUCAAUUCUCGGUUCGGACUCCGAUAGACCUUCCCGUGAACCUACCUCGUCCUCAAUGUUUUCACGACCUCAUAUUUCGGCCAUAUCGGGUGCGCCAGGGGUGCCGACUGCGGCCGGGAAGAUGUCACCGCCUCCAGCGCCUUCCCGGCAGUCAUCGUCUGAAAUUCUGCCAAUUGGAAGAUCCCAUACUCCUGACCGAGCAUUCUUUUCAAAACCGAGUGCUCGGCCGUACCGAUCAGAUUCUGGUGGUCUAGGACUCGGACACUCGCAGCCCCCUGAUGACGCGCGAUUUGGAGCGCGACCUCGAUCCCAUGUACCGUCUUCCUUGGGAGAGAAGCACGCGCCGCCCUCCCCACGCAGUGUUUACAUGGAGCCAUCAGGCCCUUCAACGGAUAGACGUCUGAGCCUCGGAGCACCAAUUCCCCGACCAAGUAGUCAGCCACAACACCUUGCACCACCAGAAGAGAUCCCAUCGCGCUCGUCGCUGUUUAGCCCGGUUCAUCGAUCGACGCCGGGCUUUGUCGAUAAGGGACCCGGGCAUCAACGUACUGGUUCUGGGUACCCCGGGCUAGAAGGACACCCACAUGCGCCGUCAAGAUUUGGAGGCAUACCCUCCGAGCCACAGAACCGAGACCUUGUGGGCCGCGAGGCGGUUCAAGAUCCCAAGCACUCUCAGCAACCAUUAACACGAUAUGGGCCACCCAUUUCGGAAAGAGAUGAACGACAUCCGCGCGCACCUUGGGAUUCGAAUCUACAACGCCGGUCCCCAGAAUCGGCUCGCUAUCCAACGGGUGAGACUGCUAGCGCCACCUUUGGAUAUGGGCUACAUUCUUAUAGCAAAUCGAUCGGGUCACAGCCAAGUGCUCCACGCUCCAUUCCAGGUCCUCAAUUGCAACCAAGACAAGAAGUUCCUGCAUCCCAAGAGUACUCCCCAUCUGCUACCAGAAAUUUCCCCAUCCCGUCACGCAUCUUUUCACCCGCUCCGGGACCAACUUCCAGGCCGCCUUCCUUUGGACUUUACGCGUCAGAAGAACAACAGCCACCUCGGACCAGUGCUGAAGAACCGCUACACCAUCGGGCAAUCCUCCAUUUGAAUGCUGAUAAUAAGCGUGGAAGGGUCUCUCCCUUGCCUCAAGCAGUACAGGGCGCCCAAGCCCAGCUAAUUGGUCCAUCGGGAGAGCCUGGAAUUCAGAGUGAGCUGGGGAGGGUGUUCUCUGGAAUUGGCAGUGGAGUUGGAGUGUCUGGAAGCGGUCCUCCCACUCCCAUUGGCACAAACACGCCAUUUAAGAAGGAUUUGGCUCACCCUAUGAACCCUGACCUUAUCGAUAGCAGUAUUGGGGGCAAGCCAAUGAGAACGAAUUCCCGACGAGGCCGUAAGAUUAAGGAUGAGGAGGCUAAGGAUGACACGGAACUCCAAAAUGCCCAGCGUGGAAUACCAUUGGGGCGUGGUGUUGGACGACGGGGUCGACAUAUGCAUCACCAUCACCACCAUGGCCAUCACCAUCAUCACCAUCGUCACAAACAAGAUGAUGAUACCUUGACCUCCCAACAAGGUGGUACAUUUUUGCAACAAACUAAUAUUCCCGAAAGGCCCCUUGUUUCUUCUUCUGCUGCUUCUGUGCAUCAUCAUCAUCACCACCACCACCAUCACCAUCACGCCCCUCGAGCCUCCGCGGCUACACCUCAUCAAUUUGCACCGUCAGUUCCCCCUAAAGAAUAUAGAACGACGGUCAAAUUGGAUUCUAUCUUGAAAAGCGUGCAACAUUUGCCUCGCUACCAUCUUGGAUCUACUCUCUACGCUCCUCGUAUCAGUGCUGCAUCUUUAAGUGCGCCACCUGAGGCUGCAAAGUUUGGUUAUUCAUCCACCCCAAUUCCCAUUCCUCGCUUUGACGGCAAAGAGAACUGUACAUAUACUAUACGUGUACCUCGGUUUCGUAUUGACGGACCUCGUCGAGAAGAGAUAUGUGCAAGGAGGGCUCUUUGGGGUACAGGAGUUUACACUGACGAUUCGGACCCGGUGGCAGCUGCAAUCCACUCUGGAUUCAUUCGUGGUGAAUGGGGUGAAGAUGUUGACGUGUCAUUACUUGACCUUGAGAUAAAGGACCAACACCAGCAUGCUCCGCGUUCGAAUAGAACCUCGCCCAUCUCCUCAUCUAAGGACACUGCUGACAACAAGGCCAAGUCGGAAUCCGAGGACAAAGGCAAGACGCAGCGAAGGAUCCCCCCCGUUCCGCCUCCGGAUAAGGAUCUCCACAUCACGCUUUUAAUCCUCCCACCCCUUGAACGCUAUGAGUCGAGCGUUAUGUUCGGCAUAAAAUCUCGAGCGUGGGGAAAUAAUCAUGACGGAGUGAGCUUUAAAGUAGAACGAAUAGACUGGGUGGACGAAGCCAGUUCUACAGGCCAGGAGAGAGGUGGUGAAGCGCGUCGCAAAAGAUUGAAAAGAAUGAUGCAUUCGGGGCGGAUCUGCACUCCUGCGGGCUUGAAAGGGAAAGGAGGAGUGGAGCUCUUGCAGAAAAAGACGGCCUUGAAGAUUGAGAAUGGAAUGGCUACGCCAGGAGAUGAAUCUGAACCAGAGAGUCGCGCGCCAUAA